AUGGAAAGGAGAAGCACAGUUGCAAUUCGACAAUAUGAAGAAAAAGAUCAGCAGAAUGUGAUAUAUGUAUUUAAAGACAGUUAUUUGGAUCUAUUGAAACCAACAUUUCAACGACAUAUGAGUUAUACAAGAUUUACUAAUGUAUUUCUGCUAGCACUGUUUUUUUACUUGUCGUUCUUUGUGUACAAUUCAGUUCUGUUGUUCGUUGUGCUAGUUGCAAUGGUACCAAUUGCAUACAUCAUAAUAAUCUAUAAGAUGCGCAAAGAACGUAUUUGCGAAAGACUUACUUCAGAUUUGAAAGAUAUUAAGACUACUUACAUUGACAGUGAGAGCGGUAACUUUUGGGUGGCUGUUUAUGAUGGUCAAAUCGUAGGUACAGUCGCUUUAGUUUUUAAGGAAUUUGAAGGAUGUGGCAUUCAGCCACAACUCACAACAUUGUAUGUACUCAAGAAAUAUCGACGUCUUGGGAUCGGGGCUAAACUAAUGAACAAAGCGGUACAGUAUGCAAACGAACAUCAAUUUAGUUGUAUAUUUCUUAGAACAGGUGAAGAUCAUCAAGAAGCCCGGAAACUGUACAGAAAAACUGGUUUUGUUAAAAUUAGAGAGUAUGUUGUUAAUUACAAUGUCUUAAUAUCGAGAACAAUUACUACAUACGUUUUAAAUUUGAAACCAAAUGUUGAUGAUGUCGUGACAGUGGUUCAAGAUACAUCUAGCAUAAAACGAAAGUGA